GAGUAACUAGCGAGUUGCAGCGUUCAUCACAGCUUCACUCCGCCAUAGCCAGCGAACCGAUCUGUUCGUGGCGGACGGCGCGUACCAACCCGAACUCGUAAAUCGCGAACACAAAUUUAUUAACGAAUUGUACCGCCGUGUUUUGUUUUUGUUGUUUUAAUGUUUACUGAGUGAUGUUUACCAAAAUGGGUGGUUUGAAACGAUACCGUAGUAGUGUAUUACUAUUGGCCGUUGCGUGUACGGUGACAUUUGCGCAAAAAAGCAGAAUAGAAGACACGAAUAUACAAGCGGUGCCCAGCGACCUGCGGAGAGCUGUCAGUGAGGCCUUGGCCUUAGAGAGGAGGUUCCACUUAGGCGCUAACGAUGCGCAUAACUGUUCGUCAGAAGAUGACGUGAGUUCGACACCCUGCCCGCCGAGCAAGUACCGUAGCGCUAGUGGGGAGUGCAACAACGUACGUCACAGACCAUGGGGAAGAAGAGGAGACGUCUUCUUGAGGUUGCUACCUGCAAACUAUGCUGAUGGUGUAUCGCUGCCGCUGUCUCCCCCGCAUUUACCGGAACCCACGCUCGCCGUGCAAGCGGCCGCGCAGCUCACUGAACCAGCUGAACACGACUACGUCACUAGCUUGUUAGCGGCCUGGGGACAAUUCCUUAUGGAUGAUCUGAUCGCGACAUCUAACGGAAACAAGAAAUGCGAGUCGUCAUCGUGUGAAUAUGUUCGCUCAGCACCUACCAGGAACUUAGACUCAUGUGGUUUCGAGGUGCGAGAACAAAUGAAUAUGGCAACGGCGUUCCUCGACGGUUCGGCGCUAUACGGUAGCUCAGAGAAGGAACUUCUUUCCCUGCGGCUAUACGAUGCAGGAAAACUGGACCUAGGAGCGUGUCGCAAAUGCAACGACGGUACACCAUCCGCACCUCUAUACAAGGCUUUGUUCUCGGAACACAAUCGCAUCGCAGGCGAGCUCUACUCCAUGAACCCGUUCUGGGAUGACGUCACUCUGUUCCUUGAGACUAGACGAGCGAUGGCUGCUAUGAUCCAGCACAUAACGUACAAUGAGUUCCUGCCAGUGUUGUUAGGCGAAGUGGGUAUGGCAAAGGCAGAAUUGAAGCUUACAUCUUUAGGUUUCUGGCGAGGCUACUCGAGUACCAAUCGCGCCGGCGCCUACGCCGAGCUUAUUGCCGUAGCACCCAUAUUUAACGCUAUGAUGCACGAAAAUUUGAUCAACGAUACAUCAUCUAUAAUGGAUUUGGUAAAGACGAGCGCACACAAGGUGUCUAAAUUUCCAGCAUCGGCGCAGUGGGACUUGAAUCGUUCUAGAGACCACGGCGUAUCGUCAUACUUACGCGCGUUGCGGCUUUGUGAGCCGAUGGUUAAAGUCAAAUCGUACGCUGACUUCGAACAGCUAGGAUUCAAUAGAGCCCAGCAAGAAAUGAUGGCUGAUAUGUACAGGAAUGCUGAAGAUGUGGAACUUAUGAUCGGUGGUGCAAUGGAAAAAGCGGCAUCUGGCGCUGUUAUUGGUUCAACAUUAGCUUGCGUGUUAGCUCUUCAAUUCGCCAACAUGAAAAAGAGCGAUAGGUUUUGGUAUGAAAACGACAUUCCUCCAUCAUCUUUCUCUCCCGAGCAACUAGCCGCUGUAAGGAAGGUUUCACUAGCGGGCCUUUUAUGUGCCGCCGAAGAAAAUCUUGGCAAAAUCCAACCUAAAGCAUUUGUCAAAGAAGAUCCCUUCUUAAAUGCAGCGCAACAUUGCUCUCAACACAAUCGUUUGGAACUGUCCGCGUGGCGCGAUGAAACAGGCGCCAAAGCGGCGGAGAGAUUGUCACAGGAUAUGCUGACUGCUGCGCUCGAAAAAGCCAAACAAGAGAUGGCUGAUAGAAAGAAACUGGAAUACAUGCUUUGGGAAGCGCGUGGAGGAGCAGAUCCCAAGUCUCCAGUGGGCACGGCAGCAUCCUUCUCGAAAGCAAACAAAUACGCGUUGAAACUAGCCAACACUUCUCUCUUUUUUGAAUUUGCCACCAACGAGCUGCUCAAUACUGUAAAUACCGGACACCGUCGUAAACGUCAGAUAUUUGACGAUUCGCUUAGCUUCUCUGCAAACGAUUUCGUGGACUCGUUGCAGUCUGUGGACGUGACCAGCUUCCUCGGUCAGGACCAGCAGGGACCGACCAUCGAGCCUCAGUGCGACGACAAUGGCCGCUGCGACGCCAACAGCCCCUUCAGAACUUACACCGGAUAUUGCAACAAUCUAAGGAAUCCUAAUUUAGGAAAGAGUUUGACAACCUUCGCUAGAUUGUUACCGCCAGUAUAUGAAGAUGGUGUAAGUCGACCUCGCAUCAACUCAGUGACGGGCACGCCGCUCCCCUCGCCCCGUAUCAUCUCGACAGUCAUCCACCCCGACAUCUCCAACCUGCACACUCGCUACACGCUCAUGGUGAUGCAGUUUGCACAGUUCGUCGACCACGAGCUUACCAUGACACCUAUUCAUAAAGGUUUCCACGAGUCGAUCCCCGACUGCCGGUCAUGCGACUCACCGCGCACCGUGCAUCCCGAGUGCAACCCGUUCCCGGUGCCGCGCGGCGACCACUACUACCCCGAGGUCAACAUCACCUCAGGCGAGCGGCUCUGUUUCCCCUUCAUGAGGAGUCUGCCUGGACAACAGCAUUUAGGUCCCCGUGAACAAGUGAAUCAGAAUACUGCGUUCAUCGAUGCAUCAGUCGUUUACGGUGAGAACCCUUGCAUAGUGCGCAAGCUGCGUGGCUUCAACGGUCGUCUCAACGCCACCGACCACCCGCUCAACGGCCGCGAUCUGUUGCCCCGCACCGACAGCCAUCCAGAGUGCAAGGCGCCUAGUGGCUUCUGUUUCAUUGCAGGUGAUGGCAGAGCAUCAGAGCAGCCAGGUCUGACCGCCAUCCACACGAUCUUCCUACGCGAACACAACCGCCUGGUCGAAGGCCUCCGAGGAGUCAAUCCACACUGGGACGCCGAGCUGCUCUUCGAGCAUACGCGUCGUAUCGUCGCUGCGGAAUUGACACAUAUCAUUUACAACGAGUUUCUACCACGACUUCUCUCCUGGAACGCUGUCAAUCUUUAUGGACUUAAAUUGUUGCCAUCAGGUUACUACAAGGACUACUCACCAACUUGCAACCCGGCGAUAGUAACGGAGUUCGCGGCGGCGGCGUUCCGCUUCGGUCACUCGCUGCUGCGCCCGCACCUGCCGCGUCUCUCACACAACUUCCAGCCAGUUGAACCACCGAUUCUAUUACGCGACGGAUUCUUCAGGCCCGACAUGUUUAUGAGCCACCCGCAAAUGGUUGAUGAAUUGAUGCGCGGUCUAUCUUCCACACCAAUGGAAACACUCGACCAGUUCAUAACUGGGGAGGUCACAAACCACCUAUUCGAGGAUCGCAAGAUACCGUUCUCCGGAGUCGAUCUGAUCGCACUAAACAUCCAGAGAGCCAGAGAUCACGGUAUACCGAGUUAUAACAACUACAGAGCUCUAUGCAACUUGAAGAGGGCUGCUACCUUCGAAGACUUAUCAAGAGAGAUACCUGAUGAAGUUAUUGCUCGAUUAAAGAGGAUCUACCCGACGGUGGACGACAUCGACCUGUUCCCGGGCGGCAUGAGCGAGCGGCCGCUGCAAGGCGGGCUAGUUGGACCCACCUUCGCCUGCAUCAUCGCCAUACAAUUCAGGCAGCUCAGGAAAUGCGAUCGCUUCUGGUAUGAAAACGACAACCCCGCGGCAAGAUUCACGGAGCAGCAAUUGGCGGAAAUUCGCAAAGUUACUAUGUCCAAGAUUUUGUGCGAGAACUUUGAUAUACAGAGCGACAUCCAACGCGCCUCCUUUGACCUGCCCAGCAACUUCUUGAACCCCCGUGUACCUUGCUCGUCACUGCCCAAGCUAGACCUAUCAGCGUGGCGCGAAAGCUCGGCCCAGGGCUGCCUGAUUGCAGGUCGAUCGGUCGCUGUCGGCGAAUCCGCUUUUCCCUCUCCAUGCACGUCCUGCAUCUGCUCUUCUGAAGGGGCCCAAUGUGCAUCGUUACGGAUAACAGACUGUGCCCAACUGCUACGAGAAUGGCCGCGAGAGGCGGUGCUUAGAGAUGACGUGUGCACAGCGCAGUGCGGCACUGUAGCGCCCCCCAAUCCUAGCGGCCAUCGACGUCAACCAAUCAAUUUCAAAUUCCCAGACUUAUCGCCGUUUAUAGCCAAGUGAACGAAUAUUUGGGGCUUAUAAGCUCCUAUUCUGUAAUCCAGUGUGUGCUAUUUAAGCUAGUUAAACCAAUUUUUAAAAAGCUACUUAAAUAACUGUUGCAAAAAAUCGCCUGAUUUGUUGUGUAGUUAUUAAUUCAUCAUCGAAGUGAUAGAAAAUUUCAAUAAAAUGAUAACGUGAAUAUUGUUAUUAUCUAUUACUUUAAUAUAUAUGGUGAAAAUACCAAUAAUGUAACCUUUAAAGCUUUUGGUUAAACGACAUCAAUUAGUGCUGAAGACAGAGGUGUUUGUAAAAUCGUAAAAGAGUUAAAGAAUCUCACGGACAAAUACGUAUUU